AUGCUAUUGGUGUAGGUUAGUGGGUCACACAUGCGCAAUCAGUUUUUGAUAAUGGAGACUUUAGUGAAGUUGAGUAAGUGAUAUCAACCACUAUUUUGUUUAUUUUUCAUCAAGGUUCGAUAUUAUAUGAAUAAAUAAUAAACCAGUGGUGAUCAUAAACAUAAAAGAUACUCUAAUUUUUAUAUUUCAUUAUUAAAUACAUCGCUUUUAUGGUCACGUUUCUAUCUGGUAAUGUCUUCUUAUACAUACGGACAAAAAAGAUUUAUUCCUGUUCCACCAGAAAAAGGCAGUUUUCCUCUAGAUCAUGAAGGUGUUUGCAAGAGUUUGAUGAUCAAUUACAUGAAUUGUAUUAGUGAAAAUAGAAACAGCAAUACACUUUGUAGAGAUGCUGCCAAAGAGUAUCUCGGAUGUCGGAUGGAUAACCAUCUUAUGGCUCGUGAAGAAUGGUCAAAGCUAGGAUUUAAACAAGAUAACGAUUCAUCAACAACGUAACAAUUUAUUCAAUAUAAAUAUAUAUCAACACAUUUAAUAUAAAUACAUAUAUAUAUAUAUAUAUAUAUAUUUAAAGUCAAAGGUAUUACACUCAAAAGAUAAUAAUAAUAAUACUAG